AUGCAAUCAGAGUGCUACAGGUCUACCCAAACUGCACCAGAUAACCAGUCGCGCAACUCUCAAACCGCUGCCCAGCAUGGAAACUACUCUUGUGAAGAUUGCUCCGUCAGCCGUGUCUCAGGUCGAGAUGGCGGAGACGGCGACGAUGCCACCAGCUCGGCGUUGCCAUCUUCUAUCCCAUCCGACCCGCGACUCGACGCACCAGAGGCAGGGCUAAGCUCGCAACGCCAGGCGAACGCCGUAUCUUCCACCUGUCACUCCACCGAAGAUGGAACUGCCCGCAAAGAAGCAGCCACGAAGGCCCCAAAACUCAGCCCAAACACCUCGGCGCGAACAACUGGAGUUUCUAUAGAGUCCUUUCCCAAUGAGGUCCUCACGCAUAUCUUGUCGCAUCUUCAGCCGUCGUCGUUGUCGUCGAUGAGCCUUGUGAGCCAUCGGUUCUACGGCCUUGUGACGACGCCGCAUGCCUGGCGGAUCGCGUUCUCCCGGUACUUCCCCGGCCCCGCUAUCGUCCAGAGGAACGAGGGGCGCUUGGAAGGCGAGGACUGGGAGCAUGUCCUGUUGAAAAGACGCGCGUUCUGCAGGCUCACGGCUCUGAGCUCCUGGAGAAACGAAUAUAUCUUGCGGACGAGAUUGCUGCACUCGCUCGCCCGUGGGAAGCCCGCCAAUUACCAAGUUGCAGACCAGCGGAAAUCAACCCGUUCGGGCGCAACUCCCACUGCCCACGCCGUUGUAACGUAUAACUCGUUGCUCCAAUACCCGAUCUCGCAUAUCGAUGGCAACUUCGGGUCUAGCUUGGAGAGUAAACCUCCAAGCUUUGUCCAUGGAGCGGGUGAGGAAGGGAUCGCCACUCUAAGUGACCCAUCGUCAAGGAAGAGUGGUGUAGGAAAAUGGGGUCUGUUGUCCGAAAGUCGAAUGUUCAACCAUUUUUCGGAGAGCUAUCCUGGCGAAGCCCAAUGGGGUUUGGGAUCAGGCAACCUCAUCGGUAACCCCAAUGUGAUGGACGUGAGCCAGCCCUACGGUAUGAUAUACGGAGAGGGCUGUCCUCAGGGCCGCGUCUACUUUCUUUCGGCAAGUGAGAAACGAGGUCGGUUCCUAUCGCUCCCGGCCCCCCAACCCCAACAUGGCCUCGGGAUUCCUUCUAUGAAUGCCACAAGCCCCAGCAUCUGUGCUACCUGGAUCGCCAAGUCUGCGGAAAUUCUGAAGUUGACGAAUGGAUUAUGCGGAAUUAUUACGGCAUCUUCCUCCGGAAUUCUCACGUCGUAUGCCCUCGGGCCGCACCCUGCGUACGAUCAACGAUUUGGACGCGGCCAAGUCACUGCCAGGUGGGCCUUAUGCCCCGGGGUUCCAAUUAUUGCCAUUAAAGUGGAUGGCAGCUUUUCAACGAAACGCCUUUCUCAACGCAGAAUAUGGCUAACGGUCCUAAACGCUCUUGGAGAGGUAUUUUAUCUUACCGAUAUUCCCCGUGGGUUAGACACCUAUCAGAGGCUCGAACCCGAAGAGCUUGAAACUGUCGCAUGGCAGACCGGACGUACCGUUUCCUGGGAAAUGGUUGAAGACACCCGACGCGUUCCAGUGCCGGAUCCGCUCAACAAACUCUCCACCAACGCCAGCUAUAGCCCCAGAUCAUCAUCUAACGCCAUGGGCUUAGAUCGUAGCCAAAUCACAACCGAAACCAAAGACAUUGAAAAAUUCCUUGCACUCAAGCCAUUACACUUCCGAAAAGUGUAUCAAGGGUGGGAUAUGAAACGGAAGCUUGAAGUAGAUUUUGCUGGCGAUGAUGGACAAGGAGCCGGCGAGUCUAUCAUGGUUCUCAAUUGUUCUUCAAGCGAUGACCAAGUUGCAUCCGUGAAAAGGUUUACGCGUGUUAAGGUUGUUGAACACAUGUCACUCGAUAGUCUUGGAAGUUCCCCUCCAGCGCAAGUCAGUGCAAUCGGUUCGUCUCUCUUCGGCCGAACUGGGUCCGAAGGGGUUCUACCUUCCAGCGACCCUCUAUGCUCGCCUAUAUCUAGCGUCUAUAACGACUCUAACCUUGCACCCUCCACGGUCGGAUGGCGGGUGUCAAACUUGACAUUUGAAGACCCAAAAUCUGCUGAGAUAACUGCGUGUGCCUUGGAUAUGUCUACUUUCGCACGUCUAACGAAAUUCGAAGACCCGUUGCUUGGAAUGUGUGGUAGUUCUGCAGUAUCUUCCCAGUCAUCGACACCAUUUUCUAUGUCGAGCAACCCACUAUCUUCAUCUUCCGAAAUUCCUGGCCAGCGAGCACGAUAUAUGGCUGUUGGGACUUCCCUGGGUUCCGUUUUUGUUUGGGAUAUUAGAGCAGCUGUAUCUCAAAAUGCUCAGGUGGUGAAUAACAUCACCCCCAUUCGUAUAAUUCGUACGGAUUCGCCACAGAUAUCCAGUCUUGCGUUGACGGCUCUAUAUCUCGUGCAUGGUGGGAACGACGGCCUGGUUCAGGCCUGGGACUAUCUAGCCUCGUCCACACAGCCAAUCCGGACACUUAAUUCCAGAUUUUCCUCCCGCGCCCGCCGCCGUCUUAUACAGGCAGAUACAGCUAAUCAGGAUGUUGGGCAUAACUUCUUCGCCGCUGGUGCCAUUUGUCUUGACCAGGAUCCUACCCGGCUUAGAGGUAUCGUUGCAUUGGGAACGCAGCUGCGUUACUGGGCAUAUAGUUCCUCUGCAGCUGAUCAGUACAAGAGCAAUAAACGGCGCAUCCGCUACUCUCCACGUGGCAACAACAGUUCUCCAGAGACCCAGCGCUUUAAUAACUCGGGUCGGGGCGCAUUGACGGAUUACAUCAUGAAUGAGAAGGCUGAACUAGAAAGGCAAAGGAUUGCAAAAGAGAAAGAGCACGCCCACUUGAGUGGACGGUUUGGGACUGACCUCCUUGGUAUGGAUGCCAGUGAAGAGGACCUUUUAGCCUAUGCCUGUCUAUUGAGUGAAGAAUCAUACACCAGUGAUGAGAGAAACCGAAGAGGUAGCGAGAGUAGUUCCGUCGGAAGCUCUUCCAGCGAGACUGUCGCAUCAAACGAAACGUUCAGUGCAAACCCGCUAACUCGCCAGGUAUCAACACCAACUCUUGAUACCGUAGAUGAGGAGUUAGAGCCUGGUCUUGCCGAGGCUAUUCGCCGAAGCCUGCAAGAUUCUACUACGAAUCCUCAAAAUCAAGUCAACAACUUCUUAGACGAGGAAAGUAUAGGCCGUCGCCUGUCUCCGUUCUCCUCGCCUGGCUUACCGGCGACCUCUUCGCAAGCUAUCGUUGACGACCUCGAGUUUGCAAUACAGCUGAGUUUGGCUGAACAACGAGGCCAGACUGAGCCUGGAUCCCCACAGGAAGAAUUCCCCACGCUUGGGAGUGCAUCGAGCACACCAUCAAAGCGCAGGAGUAAAGGAAGGAAGAGAAUUUGA